AUGUCUUUGUCUUGGGGUGAAAAGAAACUCACCUGGCUCAUCACCGGUGCAUCCUCAGGCUUUGGUCUGGCUCUAACACGGCUGGCUCUAGAGGGUGGUCAUCGCGUCAUUGCCACAUCCCGAAAUCCAUCGUCAUAUCCUGAUAUCGAAAAAGAAAUAUCUUCAAAAGGUGGUGAGCUAGUGGCGCUGGACAUCAAUGCUCCUGACUCGGCCGAUGUCAUUUACAAGCUCCAAGAAAAAGGAGUCGAGGUUGAGGUUCUGGUAAAUUGUGCCGGAGCUGCCAUUCUGGGCCCUGCCGAAAGCUUCAACGAAGAUGAAGUUAGGGCUCUGGCUGAGACGGCGUAUUUUGGUCCCUAUCGACUCAUCAGAGCGGUAGUCCCCGGGAUGCGGACGAGAAGAAGAGGUAUGAUUGUCAAUGUCAGCACCGGGUCAGCCGUGGAUGGGCGAGAGUCAAUGGCCGUAUAUGGUGCCAGUAAAGCCGCAAUGGACACGUUGAUGCAUGUCAUGGGGAAAGAGCUUGCUCUCUUUGAUAUCCGCACCUUAACCAUUCACCUUGGAGCAUUCGAUACUUCUUUUGCGAGCAACAGCGUCAGAACCACAUCCAAACCCCUUCCGUCAGACUACAAUGGUACUACAGUUGAUAAAGUCGUUGGAUCGGUCAAGCAGAAAUUUACCCCGGAUGGUGACCAUAAAAAAGCAACUCAAGUGAUGUAUGAAAUGAUUGUGGGAGAAGGGUAUGGCAAAGGAAAAGAAUCUGAACGUGUCAUGCUUCUUGGGAGAGAUAUGUGGGCUUCUCAGCAGGCCGCUGCUGAUAAAGUUCUGCACAAGAUGAACACAUUUGAGGCCAUUUGUAAUAAUGUUUACCUUGAUAAGUAG